AUGAUUGUUGGCAAAAAAAUUUUACCUUUUUAUUCGCCUUCAUUCAUUUUUUAUUCUUCAUUCAUAUUUUUCCUUUCUUCAUUAAUUUUAAAAUUGUUUUUUUUUACAUUCUUCCUUCAUCCUUAUUUUAAUUUGUCUAUCAUUUUCAUUCUCGUCUUCAAAAAAAGGUUACCCUUUUUUUCUUCCUUCAUCCUAUUCUUCCUUUAUUCCUUAUUUUAUAUUCUUCCUUUCAUCUUAUUUUAUAAUUUAAAAUUGUUUUUUAAUCUCAUUUUCUUUAUUUCCUCCCCUUUUUUAUAUUCUUCAUUCAUUCUCGUUAACAUUUUUCUAUUCGCCAACGAUUCUUUUGAUGAUUCUUCCUUCAUCCUUAUUUUAUAUUCUUCAUUUUAUUUAUUCCUCCUUAUUUUAUUUCUUCUUCCUUUCCUUAUUUUUAAUUCUUCAUUCAUUUUAAAAAAUCCUUUUUUUAUUUUACAUUUUUUACAUUCGUUCUCCUUAUUUUGUCUAUCAUUCAUCUCAUCCUUCUUUUAUACAUUUUACUUCCUCGCCAUCGAUUCUUUUUGCCCUAAUUUUGGCAAAAAAUUACCUUUUUUUUAUUCUUCCUUCAUCCUUAUUUAUUCCUCCUCUUUUAUAUUCUUCCUUUUAUAUUAUUAA